AUGGGGAGAGCACGCAAGGCCCGGAAAUACGCGGAGGUGAAGCGGCUUAUCAAUCCUAAAGAGAUACGACAGUACCGCAAGGACGUGCUAGACCCCAAGAAGCCGGACGACGAGAAAGACAAGCUUCCGCGAAAUGUCCCCAACGUGUCAUCGGCGCUCUUCUUCAAGCACAACACGGCGCUGGGCCCGCCCUACCAGGUGCUGGUCGACACCAACUUCAUCAACUUCUCCAUCUCCAACAAGCUGGAUCUGGAGAAGGCCAUGAUGGAUUGCCUCUAUGCCAAAUGCACGCCAUGCAUAACGGACUGUGUGUUGGCAGAGCUGGAGAAGCUCGGCCAGAUGUACCGAGUGGCCCUCAGAAUAGCCAAGUCGCCGUCGUUCCUCCGCCUGCCAUGCAGCCAUGCGGGCACAUAUGCCGAUGACUGCCUUGUGCAGCGAGUCACCCAGCACAAGUGCUACAUCGUGGCCACGUGCGAUCGUGACCUUAAGCGCCGCAUCCGCAAGGUGCCGGGAGUGCCCAUCAUGUACAUAACACAGCGCAAGUACUCUAUCGAGCGCAUGCCUGAGGCCACCAUUGGCGGAGCUCCUCGUAUGUAG